GGAAGUGAACCUAACAGGGUUUUAGGAUCUGUUUUGAGUUGGUAGAAGGAGGCGGGAAUUUAGUCCCUUUUCAAUUAGCGGCUCUGGAAGGCGCGCCGACUUAUUGCGAUGCUAUUGCCAGCCAGAUCCAAGCCCGGCACUGAUAGUACCUAAGGGAGACUCCGCGAGUUGUCCGAAUGGGAGAGCAUGGGACAGGGGGCACCGUGCAUCUGCUGUGCCUCGCAACCUCCAGCGGGGUCCCCCUGUUCUGCAGGAGCAGCCGAGGCGGUGUCCUAACCCGUCAACAGCUCCCGUUCUCUGUCAUCGGCUCCCUCAAUGGAGUCCACAUGUUCGGCCAGAAUCUAGAGGUGCAACUGAGCUCUGCAAGGACGGAGGACACCACCGUGGUGUGGAAAAGCUUCCAUGACAGUGUCACCCUCAUCGUUCUGUCAUCAGAGGAGGGCACCUCGGAGCUGAGGCUGGAGCGACUGCUCCAGAUGGUAUUUGGGGCCAUGGUUCUUCUUGUAGGACUUGAAGAACUGACAAAUAUCCGCAAUGUGGAGAGACUGAAGAAGGAGCUGAAGGCCAGUUAUUGCCUUAUCGACAGCUUCCUGGGGGACCCAGCGCUCAUUGGGGACCUGACCCAGUGUGUGGACUGUGUGAUUCCUCCAGAAGGGUCACUCCUGCAGGUACAGGAAGCCCUGUCUGGGUUCUCUGAGGCCACGGGAACAGCCUUCGCCAGUUUAGUAGUGUCUGGCAGAGUGGUGGCAGCGACCGAGGGCUGGUGGCGGCUGGGGAUGCCCGAGGCCGUGCUGCUCCCGUGGCUGGUGGGGUCUCUGCCACAACAGGCAGCUCGAGACUACCCGGUGUACCUACCACAUGGGAGCCCCACGGUUCCCCACAGGCUCCUGACUCUGACGCUCCUGCCGGGCCUGGAACUGUGUCUGCUGUGCGGGCCGCGUCCGCCCCUCAGCCAGCUAGAUCCACAGUUUCUGGAACGUUGGUGGCAGCCGCUGCUGGACCCGCUGAGGGCCUGCCUGACGCUGGGACCUCGAGCGCUGCCGGACGGCUUCCCCCUGCACGCGGACAUCCUCGGGCUGUUGCUUCUGAACCUGGAACUGAAACGCUGCCUUUUCACCGUGCAUCCCUUGGGGAACAAAGAGCCUUCCCCGGAACAGCGCCGGCGCCUCCUCCGCAACUUUUACACCCUAGUUACCACCAUGCACUUUCCACCAGAGCCAGGGCCGCCAGACAAGGAGGAUGCGGGCCACAGGACCCAGCUACCAAGAGCUUGCUACCUUGUGUUGGGCCCAGGCAUGGGGUGGCAAGUAGUGGCCCUGCAGCUGGGGCCUCGCCAGUUGCUGCUGCUGCUGUCUUCUCAGAGCCCCACCCAUGGGCUGAGAGCCCUGGCCACCCACACUCUGCAUGCCCUCACCCCGUUCCUGUGACUAGCAGGGAAGCCAGCAGCAGACCCGGACACAGGGCUAUUAGCGUCUCUCUGUUUAUUCACUCACAAUAAUACACAGCCCCUAGGCGGGGAGGGGGCAGGAGGGGCUACAAUGGGGUGGGGGGAAGGGAGGAGGCACUCACUUCCCUGGCCCCUCUCCCCUCUGUGCUUGGGGGUGACAGGGAGGAAGGGGGCUCCCCUUUACCCCCAGAAUGUAAACAGCAGCAGAUGAACAAAAAUAAAAAUACAAAAGGCUGGAGGAAGGUCCCAGGCAUCCCCCA